GUGUGUGUGUGUGUGUAGUACGUGUGUGUUUGGUGCUGCAUGCUUGGGAACUAUAUGUGUUCUUACUGUGUGUGGAAACUUGUAUGUUCGUGCAUGAACUGUUGGAGGGCAGUCUGUGUGUUGAGUAUCAAUCUAAUGACAUAUAUGUGACUACUCCACACCUAUGUGCUACUGAGGAUAUGGGCAUGCGAUAUGUACAAGUAUCUCCUGGUAGUGUAUUUGUAACCAUUGUCCCAGUCCAAUGUGCAAGAGGGCUAGUAUGCCUAGGAGGCUUCAGGGCCAUUGUGGAUUGUGGGCACACACCCCAACCUGUGUGUGUGUGUGUGUGUGUGUGUGUGUGUUACCUUGGGAAACCUGUGAACAACACUUCAUCUGCAGCUGCAAACAUUAGGAAAAGUCUAGCAGACAGCUUAGGAGACCCUAGGCAAACUCCUUCUCCUUGCCUCCAUUUCCCUUUCUACUAACAAGCUAGCUAAUCCUUGAGCACGUUCUGAUGUUGAAAUCCCUAGAACGAGGGAUACAGAAGCUGGUGGAACCACAGCACCCAACCGAUAGAGUGAAACUGGGGAAAACAGGGCUGGCCUCAGGUCUAGUUGAGGAAGACCAAAUGGGGCGGCGGCGGCGGCGGGGGUGGUGAGGGGGUGAGCAGCUCAAUUUAAGACAGGGUUACAUCUCAGGGCAAGUCCUCUCCAGUGCCACUUAGUUUCUGAAAGCUGGUCCUCUGCUGGGACCCAUACCCUACAGACCGCUGGGUGGAGUCGCCCACAAGACUCCCCUACAAUCAAGCCAGAGUCUAAGACAGACAGUCGACUUGGAGCCAGUUUACAAUGCCCUUCACAUAGAGAGCCCUAGCACCUCCUAGAAGCGAGCGCCCCUCUGAGAUGCCUAGCAAGAUGGCCCCAGGAACCUUCCAGGAUCAGGACUAAGACAGAAACUCAGGGCUCAGAACCCCCAACACCUGCAGCAAGUAAGCUACAAGAGCACUUUGUGACACCGGGCUCCGCUCUGUGACCCAAGACAGACCCUCUGGCUGGUUCAGGCUCUUUUGCUGAUUAUUACAAGCUCUCGAGGUGGGCCUUCCGUGCGCCCGGCGCGCUGCUGGCACGCAGCAGGCACGCUUUCAACACUGGCUGUGGCCAGCAAGUUCCCUUCCGUACUGCAAUAGGGUGCGAAGUGUCCCGGAGCGCCGGACGGGCGCCGCGGGUCCGAGGCGUCAUGGGGACCCCGCCCCCGCCCCGUGCGAGCCACCGGGUGGGGAUUCGGCGCGCUGACGUAGGCGGAUCAAAGCGGCGCUCCGCGCCUUAUAAAGCGCUUGGGCCGCCGGGCGCCGCAGAUCGUGCCGGGAGAAGGGAGAGCUCCGUAGAUCCGCCAGCGCAGGCCAGAGAGCCGAGCACAGCCGAGAGCAGCCAGUGUCCGCGCCCCGAGUGCCAGGAUCCCCUGCGCCCCGCUGUGCCGCGUCUGGGAGAGGCUGUCCUGGUCGCUCCUACAGGCGGGGACCGCACUCCCAGUUUCCAAGGGUGGCCGAGGCUGCGGGGUACGCAGGGAGCGCCAGGAGAGUACUCCGAAGGCGGCGUGCGCGCAGGACCGGCGGCGGUGGCCUGCAGGCGGCGGACAUCGGCGCGGCUCCUGCAGGGUGCGACCCCCGGGAGCGCCGGGCGCGCGCGACGAUGAGGGCGCGGCCGCAGGUCUGCGAGGCUCUGCUCUUCGCCCUGGCGCUCCACACCGGCGUGUGCUAUGGCAUCAAGUGGCUGGCACUGUCCAAGACGCCAGCAGCCCUGGCACUCAACCAGACGCAACACUGCAAACAGCUGGAGGGCCUGGUGUCUGCGCAGGUGCAGCUCUGCCGCAGCAACCUGGAGCUCAUGCGUACCGUCGUGUACGCAGCACGGGAGGCCAUGAAGGCCUGCCGCAGGGCCUUCGCCGACAUGCGCUGGAACUGCUCCUCCAUCGAGCUCGCCCCCAACUACCUGCUUGACCUGGAAAGAGGUACCCGGGAGUCAGCCUUCGUGUAUGCCCUGUCGGCCGCCACCAUCAGCCACACCAUCGCCCGGGCCUGCACCUCUGGCGACCUGCCCGGCUGCUCCUGCGGCCCUGUCCCAGGUGAGCCACCCGGGCCCGGGAACCGCUGGGGAGGAUGUGCGGACAACCUCAGCUACGGGCUCCUCAUGGGAGCCAAGUUUUCCGAUGCUCCUAUGAAGGUGAAAAAAACAGGAUCCCAAGCCAAUAAACUGAUGCGUCUACACAACAGUGAAGUGGGGAGACAGGCUCUCCGUGCCUCCCUGGAAACAAAGUGUAAGUGCCAUGGGGUGUCUGGCUCCUGCUCCAUCCGCACCUGUUGGAAGGGGCUGCAAGAGCUCCGGGAUGUGGCUGCUGACCUCAAGACCCGCUACCUGUCAGCCACGAAAGUGGUGCACCGACCUAUGGGUACCCGCAAGCACUUGGUACCCAAGGACCUGGAUAUCCGGCCUGUGAAGGACUCAGAACUAGUGUAUCUACAGAGCUCCCCUGACUUCUGUAUGAAGAACGAGAAGGUGGGAUCCCAUGGGACCCAAGACAGGCAGUGCAACAAGACUUCUAACGGCAGUGACAGCUGCGACCUCAUGUGCUGUGGGCGUGGCUACAACCCCUACACGGACCGAGUGGUGGAGAGGUGCCAUUGCAAGUACCAUUGGUGCUGCUACGUCACCUGCCGCAGGUGUGAGCGCACAGUGGAGCGCUACGUCUGCAAGUGAGGCCGUGUGCGCCGCCCCUGUGGAGGGGCGCUGCUCCCCAGAGGACCCGCUGAAGGGCCUGGAGACCCUGGUGGACUUCCCUGCAGAUCUCGGAUGCCAGGCGUGGGAGGCGGCUUGUGCUGUGACUCCACUUGGAAGCCACCAGGAACAGAGGCCUGGUCGCCCUGGGAGGGCCGGGGCAUCAAAGGAAACCGAUAGGAUUAAAAAUAACCUGGCAGCCUGGGGCCCGAGGGCCCACAUGUUGCCUUCCAGGCUGCUCCAAGAAGCCAGGGCAGGGAUGGGUAAGACUGGGUGUCUUUGACCUUUCAAGGCCAGAAAGACCAGCCUUCCAGAAUGUUCUUUGGGACCCUGUGCCCACCACAUGGAACCACUAACUUGGGUUGUAAAUUUUUAUUUUCCUUCCCCCCCUCCUUUGGGAUGUGGGAGCUACAGAAAUAUUUAUAAAAUAUAGCUUUUUCUUUGGGGUGGCUCA